AUUAAAAACUAAAUUUCAUAUAAAGUUUGUUCAUAGCUUUGAUCUGGGGAUCUUUUUUCGCCAAACUCUGAAAAGAAUCAUCAGCAUGCAUGCAGAUUCGAUGUACUUAAAACUUAUAAACCCGAUCUUCUACUUUUUUCUAUGCUAUCCUAUUUUCGGUUCCAUUGGUUGUUAUUCGGACGGAUGGUACUUUACAAAGAUGUCAUUUCAAGAGUUAAAAACCAGCCAGUCAAUCCUAACAACCAAAGUUUACGACGGCUUUCGUUGUCUUUUAAGCUGUAAGCGUUUACCAGAGUGCUUGUCGCURAACGUCGCUUAUCAGMCAKAUGGAAAUGGUUUGUACGAAUGUGUGUUGUUGAGAAACGAGAUGAGAAGAUCCAGUGGACAAUUGGAGCCAUCUCAGUUUUAUCAUCACUUUACUCGUCUUUUGAAUACAUGUAUCUCUGCAGUAUGUGAAAACAAUGGCUCUUGUCAACCGCUACUGAAUGACUUUCGAUGCCACUGCCCGCAAGGAUUCACGGGUAAACGCUGCGAGAAAAAGUGUAGAUGGUGGCUCAAGAUCAACGCAAGUCCUGUCUGCUUUGGGGCAAAAAAUUCAUUAUACGGACCAUUCUACAUCAAACAGAAUGGCUCUGUCUCUACAGUAAAGCUGGUGCACCUGUCUGGCUAUGUGACGUGUAACUACAUGCAGAAGSAAACCAGGAGMAACUGGGGUUGUGGACCGUACGUCASUAAUCACAACAAAUCCUUUCACGACAGAAUGUUCACGAUAAUCACCGAUGACCUCGAUCAGAAGAUUCUUCCACAAGAUGAAUAUAUUAGCAGAGCCACUACUUUKGAAUACAAUCUUCCUGGAGGAUAUACGUCCCAGUCCCCUGAACUGAUCUUUCCAAAUUUGGAUACUACGAUGAAUGUUACCGCUGGUCAAGAGUAUCGUAUCUGGUAUGGACAGGAUUUGAAGGAUGUGUAUGAAGAUAAGAACAAUGGGACGGCAUGUAUUGAUGUGUAUAUGUAUGGGUGGUUUGGUUAGAGAUAUACUAUAGGUGAAGAGGCCCGUUGACAGCUGAUAUAUGUAUAUGGAUGUGUUGACAAUGCAUAUGUAUGGGUAGUUUGGUUAGAGUUCUAACUAUAGGUGAAGAGGCCCAUUGA